AUGGCAACCCUUCAACAAGUUCUGCAACAUCAACAAGAGCAUGGCAUCCUGAUGGCUCCCACAGAGCCACCUCAAGAGACUGGCAAUACGGUAGAGAUACAGGCCACGCCGCAGUCCAUGCCCUUUGCCCUUCGCAACAACACAACCUCCUCUACCGUGUAUGCAUACGUCACCGGCCUCGACUUCAGCAACAAUAACUCUCGGGUGGUCCUGGUCCAGAGCGAUGGAAAGAGCCUUUAUUACCCGACGAGCCCCGCAGCGGACCUUCAACCCCUACUGGCCAACUGCGCUAUCCCGCUGGGUGCUCCCGGGACCACGACGACCGUCACUGUGCCGCGCAUGUCGGGCGGGCGCGUCUGGUUCGUGCAGGACGCAACCCUGACGUUCCUGCUCAACAGGGGUCUCGGUAGCAGUGCGGCGCUCGUGGAGCCGUCCAUCAUGAACCCGGCCGACCCCAACUACCAGCUGAACUGGAGCUUCUGCGAAUUCACCCUAAACGAUGUGGAGCUCUUUGCCAACAUCAGCUACGUCGACUUUGUCAACCACCCCAUCGCGCUCGUGCUCGAGUCCAACAGCAGAGGGCCACAGCGGGUCGAGGGGAUGCCGGCUGAUGGGCUGGCGACGGUGGCUCAAAAGCUCACGGAGCAGAACGGGAGGGACGGCGCGGGCUGGGACAGGCUGCUGAUCCGGCAGAUCGGGUCGGGCAAGCUCUUGCGCGCCGUCAGCCCCAACACGGGCAUGAACCUCUUCAGCGGUCUGUUUGCAACCUACUACGAUGGAUAUGUCAACCAGGUGUGGCAGAAGUACUCGGGCACGGACCUGACGGUCAACACGCAGUUCACCUGGGGCGUGGUCAAGGGCCGGGUGGCUAAUGGUCUGUUGGCCUUUGGCAGCGUCGGAAGCUUUGGUCAGCCCAGCACCCGGGACAUAUUCUCGUCCGACUCGGGUGCCUUUGCGCCGCCGGCAGGCGACAACCAGGAACAGCUCCGGAACAUCGCGGCCAGGCUCGCGGCGGCGUUCAACAGGUCCACGCUGCUCAUCAACGCCAACCAGCCGGACGGGGAGCAGAUAUCGACCUACUACACCAACACCGUGACGAAUCACUACUCGCGCAUCCUGCACGAGGUCAACAUCGACAAGAGGGGAUAUGCGUUCCCAUACGACGACGUUGUGCCUUCUGGCGGGGGUGACCAGGCUGGUACGGUCAACGAUGGGAAUCCAAAGGUGUUGACCAUCGUCCUUGGUGGUGGAAAUACUAGUACAGCGGCUGAGUAG